GAGUCGCAACUUCCCCGGGGGAAUCAGUCGAAAUUGGACCAUGGCCUCGUUCGGAGUUCGCGGAAUGGCACAGCCGUUGGGCAUCCGCAUCUGCUGCUGCCGCAUUUGCACCUGCAUCAACUUCGGGUUCGUCCUGUCGCGGAUCGGACUCCUCAAGCUGAUGCAACUCGGCCUGGCCACGCUCUGCGAGGGCCUGCUCAUCCGCUACGGAGUGCCGUACGCGGAGUCCAUCGGCCAGGCGUUGACCAGCUUCCUGGCCACCACGGGCCACUGCUUCACCACCACUGGGAUCCUGCUCCUCUGCUACGCGUUCUCCGACAAAUCGUACAACCUUAUCCGCCAGUCGCUGUUUGAGACGCUGUUCAAUGGCCUCGCCAGCUGCAUGUACUUCAGCUCAGCGAGUUACAUGGGCUUCGCCUGCGUCGUUUGGCUGCAUCCACAGUUCCUGGUGCGUCCCGGAUUCUGGGCCUAUCCGGCCAUGACCGCCUGCUAUUACAUAGGCUACGCGGCGGGCAUUUUGCAUGCCCUGGAUGCCUACUUGGCAUUUCGGCACUUUCGAGGAGCACGAUAACAAUAUGUUAAGCCCGGCCAGAUAAAAGCUCUAUCUCAAGUUGUUUGUGGACACAUUUAUAUAAGUUCUACGUUUAAGGCACCUUUCUUCCGAUUGUCUCGAACAUUCACAGUAAAAGCGCUAAGUUGUAUGUGUAUAAA